CUAGUCCUAUGAAUCGAUUUCCGAAUCACGACAACACAACGUGAAACAAAAAUGGAGCAAUCGGUUGGUUCACUGCAGGAACAAGCAUUAAAAAGGAAAGAAAGACUUAAAGCUUUGAGAGGUCGACAACUUCAAGUGAGAGAUGGAGAGGACGGGGAGCCAGACAGGAAGAGGGACCGGGCCGAGGAGGAAGCUGAAGAGGAGCGACACAGAGAGCUGAAGCUGAGGAACUACACCCCAGAGGAUGAAGAGCUGAAGGAGAGACAGGUGCCCAAGGCCAAACCUGUUUCAGUGGAGGAGAAAGUGAAGGAGCAGCUAGAUGCAGCGAAACCAGAGUCAGUCAUCGAAGAAGUGGAUUUGGCCAACCUAGCCCCCAGGAAGCCUGACUGGGAUUUGAAACGAGACGUGGCGAAGAAGCUGGAGAAGCUGGAGAGGAGAACACAGAAGGCCAUCGCUGAACUUAUCCGUGAUCGUCUGAAAGGCAGCGAGGAGGAGCUAGCUGGAGCUGUAGGAGCCAUAGGGGUCACAGCAGAGGGGGACUCAGACUGACCCCUUAAUCCAGAGACACACCACGCGACCCUGGAUCUGACCCUACCAAUGUGUCGGUUCCUGUUCUGUACAUCUGAAUGUUUGUUGUGGGAAUCGGAGGCUUUAGGUUUCCGUAGCUGUUAAAGCUACCGGGAGUGUGAAUAUGCCAGUUAGAUGUCACCUUGAUGACUUCUGAACUCUAGUCCUAGUACGUGUCACACAUGACACUCUAUUCCCUAUAUAGAUCACUACUUUUGACAAGUAGUGUGCUAGAUAGGGAGUAGGGUGCCAUUUGGGAUGCAGAGCCUGUGUGAAAGUCCGACCAGACUUUGUCAGUGUAGUGCUAGCUAGAGGAUCAUUGGGGACUGUUGUAUACAGCUGUUGUAAGGAUCGUCUGUUAUUCAUGCGUCUUUUUAA